AUGCGGCGCAGUCUGCUGGUGUUCGUCUUGGUUGCCGUCAUCGUGUUGACCCUCCUGCUACACUCGGUCUCGACGCUUCUCUCCCUCCUCAUAGAAGACGCGUCUCGGGACGCCAUCCACAGAUCAGAGCUGCCCGCUCCCAAUUCCACCCUCCUCGAGACCCGUCCGCACUUGAUCCCCAAGAUCAUUCAUCAGACGUACAUCAACGAGUCCAUUCCUGCCCACUGGGUCCCCGCCCAGAAAUCAUGUAUAGAUCUGCACCCGGACUACGAGUACAUACUGUGGACCGAUGAGAAAUCUCUCGACUUCAUUGCCAAGGAGUAUCCGUGGUUCUUGUCCACCUUUGUCGGGUAUAAGCACAACAUCCAACGGGCGGAUGCGAUCCGGUACUUUGUGCUGGCACACUAUGGCGGCGUCUACCUCGACCUGGACGAUGGCUGCCAGAGAAGGCUUGACCCAUUGUUGUCCUACACGGCGUUUGUGCGGAGGACGGUCCCUACGGGCAUCAGCAACGACGUCAUGGGCGCCAUCCCCCAGCAUCCUUUUUUCUUGAGGGUUAUGGAGUCGCUCCAAGGCGCCAACAGGUCCUGGCUCCUACCCUACAUCACCAUCAUGGCCUCGACCGGCCCGUUGUUCCUGAGUGUGAUGUGGAAGAAGUGGAUGGGUGAACACGCUCAUCUCGAUCCGGCGACUUGGAUUGGCAGAGUCAGAGUGCUCAUGCCGGACGAGUACAACAAACACUCGUGGUCUUUUUUCAAGACCUACAAAGGCUCAAGCUGGCACGGCAAAGAUGCAAGGCUGAUAUUCUGGAUGGGCAAGAAUUGGGUUCUGCUGACCGUCCUGGGAUUCCUCCUCGUCAUGACGGUGGGCUUUUUGACCUGGUUCAUCUACUCGAGGCUGCUCAUCUGGAGCGCGAGGAGGAGAACUGCUAGGGGCAGUCCUCGAGUCGUUGCAUUCAGAUUCCCCGGUGCUGCCAAGUUGCCGCUUUGGCGGAUGUGGAACGGUGGAUUUGGCACCAAGAAGCAAACGUAUGAGUUGGUCGCUCAGCAUGAUGCAUGA